ACUCAACAACCAACUGGCAACACUGCCCCUAAGUUAGCAAUUUUUGACUUUGAUUGUCAAACUCGGAAUUGUCAUCCAUCAUUAUUGUCACUCGAAAUUUCGGAGUGGCGUGAAAAAUUCAAUAAAAACAUCGUGUUAAAUUUACCCAAGCAGUAUAAAACAUGUCAGGCCGUGAAGGUGGUAAGAAGAAGCCGCUGAAGGCUCCCAAGAAGGAAUCUAAAGAGUUAGACGAUGAUGAUCUAGCCCUAAAACAAAAACUUAAGGAGCAACAAAAAGCUUUACAGGAAGCGAAGGCGAAAGCGUCUCAAAAAGGUCCCUUGACCUCAGGCGGAAUAAAGAAGUCUGGCAAAAAGUGACAAGUUUAAAUACCUAAUUAUAAAAAAUCUUUAAUUUAUAGGCUAUUAUGGUGUAAGAAACAUGAAAGAUCUUUGUCGAAACAUUUGGCUAUAUAAAAAUUACAUAAGAACGGCAGAAUACAUUACAGUUACGCAAUACGAUCUUGAUCACUAAGCG